AAUAAUGCAUCAGCAUUGAAAAUAGAAAGCACUUCAACGAAAUUUAGUUGACAUUUCUAAGAAGAGGAGUUCAGAUAAAAAUAUCGCUUAAUUUAACAUCGUUCCCAUAACUAAAACUUAAAGUCGGAGUAAAUGGACACGUAAUGACAAACGUUAAACACAUAAUUUUAAUAAGCGGGAAAAGAAAAUGUGGCAAGGAUUACAUAUCAGAAAAAUUGCAAAAGAGAUUAGGUGAAUGCAGUCAAAUUGUGCGCAUAUCUGAGCCCAUUAAAAAGGAAUGGUCGAGAAAGGACAAUGUUGGUUUGCAAGAAUUACUAAGCGACGGUCCUCUUAAAGAGAAAUACCGUAAGGAUAUGAUUAAGUGGGGAGAAGAACUUCGUCAAAAAGAUUAUGGAUUUUUUUGCAAAUUAGCUAUGGAUACAGGUACUCUUAGAGAAACAGUCAUUGUGAGCGAUAUUCGCAGAAAGAGCGAUAUUAAGUAUUUUAAAGAGUGCUACAACGGUAAAGUGUUGAUUGUACGAAUAACAUGUUCCGAAGAAACACGUAUUAAGCGUGGUUGGAUAUUCAGACAUGGUGUAGAUGACGUGGAAUCCGAAUGCGAUUUAGAUGACUACGAAAAUUGGGACUUGACUGUGGAGAACAAUGGUCACCUAGAUGGAGACGAAAUAAUAAAUUUAAUAAUUAGUGAACUCUGAUUGUAGCAUUGAUACGAAAUUAAAAUUCCAUAUCUACUAUUAGUAAGCCACAAGUA